GCUUUAGUCAACAAUGAUAGGCCUGACAAGGAGGAGAUAUUCAGAAUUAAAGAUUAAAAUGUUCAUAAUUUUCGUCUUUAUAAUUCCCAAGGCAUAUUGCAGUGGGGGAUGGAGAGAGUGUGAAUGCUGGCUAAACCCUGAGGACCCUGUGUGUGGAGUGGAUGGAAUAACAUAUCCCAAUCGAUGCAUGGCGGACUGCACUUUGACAGACAUAGAAUGUGAAGGUGAAUGCCCAUGUGUGGAACAAUGUUUCAAUGAAUGUCCGCCAUGUAAUAUUGCUGUGUGUGGCAUGGAUGGAAUAUCUUAUGAGAACCAUUGUCAUGCUGAGUGUAACCACACAACAGAUGCAUGCACAGGAAAAUGUCCUUGCAAUCCUGCAAAUUGUGAGGAUAUUUUGGAUCCUGUUUGUGGCAAAGAUGGGAUAACCUACAAGAAUCCUUGUCAGGCCAGUAGUAGUUAUGUUCUACAAGCUUGUAAAGGUCAAUGUCCAUGUAAAAUAUGUGAUUGUCCAGAGACCUAUACACCAUGCUGUGGUACUGAUGGAGUUACAUAUGACAACAUAUGCGAACUAGACUGUGCACAGGUGGAACCAGAAUGUGAGCAGGAAUGCCCUUGUCCAUCGAAAUGUGAAUGCACAGAAGAGCUGGCCCCAGUGUGCGGAGUAGAUGGAGACACAUAUGAAAAUGCAUGCAAAGCUGCCUGCAGCAAUACAGAUAUUGCUUGUGAGGGAGAAUGUCCCUGUAAAACUUGCGAAUGUCCAGAAAUCUCAAUAUCCUGUAUUGGUGAUGGAGUUAUCAAGUCCUUUCAAUGUGAACUAGAUUGUGGAAAGGUUCCGGAGGGAUGUGAGGAGGAGUGUCCAUGUGAUUGCACAUUUGAGUGCCCAGAUGUUAAUGACCCAGUUUGUGGAGUAAAUGGGGUCACUUAUCCUAACAGUUGUAAGUCUGUUUGCGGGCAGGUUGACAUUCAAUGCCAACAAGAGUGUCCAUGUCCAAAAAAAUGUGAUUGUAACAGUGCUCCAGAUCUAGUUUGUGGAGUAAAUGGUCUCACAUAUCAAAACUCUUGCAAUGCUUUAUGCAAUGAAGUAGAAGUAGCAUGUCAGGGGGAAUGUCCCUGUAAAACUUGUGAAUGUACAGAAAUCUCACCACAUUGUAAAGGUGACGGAGUCAUCCAGCCUAUUCUUUGUGAACAAAAUUGUGCAGAGGUUAAAGAGGGAUGUGAGAAAGAGUGUCCAUGCAUCAGUACAUGUGAGUGCACAGAUGUAAAUGAACCUGUUUGUGGAGUAAAUGGUGUCACUUAUCCUAAUCAUUGUGAGUCUGUUUGUGCACAGGUAGAAGUUCAAUGUCAACAAGAAUGUCCAUGUCCAGAGAAAUGUAUGUGCACAAGAAUCUUUGACCCAGUUUGUGGAGCUGAUGGUUUAACUUACUCAAAUAAAUGUGAGCUUGAUUGUGCUAAGGUCCCACUGGAAUGUGAAGAAGAAUGUCCAUGCCCAAAUGGUUGUAUUUGUACUGAAGAGUUCAAUCCAAUUUGUGGUGUAGAUAGAAGAAACUAUGACAACCCUUGUAAAGCACAAUGUCACAAUAUAGAAGAAGCCUGUAAGGGAGAAUGUCCUUGCAAGAAUAACUGUUCAUGUCCAGAUUUAUAUCUCCCAUGUUGUGGUCUAGAUGGCGUGACAUAUAAAAAUUUAUGUGAGAUUGAGUGUGCUCAGGUGGAAUUAGAAUGUGAGGGAGAGUGUCCUUGCAACACAGUUCUAUGUACCUGUGGAAAUGAUUGGAACCCUGUUUGCGGUAUUGAUGGGGUUACUUAUGAGAAUCCUUGUGAAGCAAAAUGCAAAAAUGUAUCGGAAGAAUGUGCUGGGGAAUGUCCCUGCUGUGAUUGCCCUGGAAACUAUGAUCCAGUUUGUGGGGUCAAUGGAGAUACUUUUAGAAAUAAAUGUGAAGCUGACUGCUCCCAGGUUGAAAUACAAUGUAAUGGAGAAUGUCCUUGCCAACUGUCCUGUAACUGCACUAAUGAAUGGAACCCUGUCUGUGGAAAGGAUGGAUAUACCUAUGAAAACUCUUGCGAAGCUGCAUGUUACAAUGCAGAGGAAGCCUGUAAGGGUGAGUGUCCAUGCAAUAAAUGUUCAUGUCCAGAUAUCUAUACACCAUGUUGUGGUCGCGAUGGUGUAACUUAUUCCAACAUCUGUGAACUUGAUUGCGCCCAGGUUGAAAUGCAAUGUGAAGAAGAAUGCCCUUGCCCUGCUGAAGAGUGUUAUUGCAAUGAAGAUCCACUGAUUGUUGUUGAUUAUAUUUACGACCCAGUUUGUGGCUUAGAUGGUCAAACUUAUGGACAUCUCUGUUUAGCUAAAUGUCAAAACAUGGAAGUUACUUGUAAAGGGGAAUGUCCCUGUGAAGGAGAUAAAUGUAUUUGCACUCCUGAACACAAGUGGAUCCCAACCGCAGAGAAUGAAUUCUCUGAUCCAGUAUGUGGGAUGGAUGGGGUGACUUAUGUACAUCAAUGUGCAGCUAAAUGUAAACAUAUAGGAGAGAGUUGCAAAGGAGAAUGCCCCUGUGAAACAGUGUCUUGUGAGUGUUCCCAAGAAUGGAACCCAGUAUGUGGAGUAGAUGGUAUGACAUAUGGAAACUCUUGCGAAGCCAAGUGUAAGGGAAUUCCACAGCGAUGUAUUGGAGAAUGUCCAUGUAAGACACCAUGCAUUUGUCCUGCAGUACAUGACCCUAUCUGUGGAGGAGAUGGAGUUACAUAUGGAAAUCCUUGUAAUGCGAGAUGUAAUAAUGUAAGUGAGGCAUGUAGAGGAGAGUGUCCUUGUAAACCACCAUGCAUCUGUACAGCAGAAUAUGCUCCUGUAUGUGGUGUAAAUGGUAAGACCUAUGAUAAUGGAUGCAGUGCAAAAUGUGAGAAAGUAGAGGAAAAGUGCAAAGGGGAAUGUCCAUGCAAACCACCUUGUAUUUGCACAGAAGAGUACUUCCCUGUAUGUGGUGAAGAUGGAAAAACAUAUGAUAACCGUUGCACUGCAAAUUGCGAACAUGUAAUAAUUGCAUGCAAUGGAGAAUGCCCUUGUAAACCUCCAUGCAUAUGUACAGAAGAAUAUGAUCCUGUUUGUGGUGUAAAUGGUAAGACCUAUGAUAAUGCAUGCAUUGCUAAAUGUGAGGAUGUAGAGGAAAAAUGCAAAGGGGAAUGUCCAUGCAAACCCCCUUGUAUAUGUUCAGAGGAGUACUACCCUGUAUGUGGUGAAGAUGGAAAGACCUAUGAUAAUCUCUGUCGUGCAAGAUGUGAAGAUGUGAAUUUCAAAUGUGAUGGUAAAUGUCCCUGCAAACCACCUUGUAACUGUACCAAAAUAUAUGCUCCAGUAUGUGGGGUUGAUGGGAAGACAUACCAAAAUAGAUGCACUGCAAAAUGUGAUAAUGUAGAGGAACAAUGUGAAGGAGGAUGUCCAUGCAAACCCCCUUGUAUCUGCACAGAAGAAUAUGCUCCUGUAUGUGGGGUUGAUGGGAAGACAUACCCAAAUGCAUGCAGAGCAAAAUGUGAAGAAGUGAAGGAAGAAUGUGAAGGGGAAUGUCCAUGCAAACCACCUUGUAGCUGUACAAAAAUAUAUGCUCCAGUAUGUGGGGUUGAUGGGAAAACAUACCAAAAUGGAUGUAUUGGAAAAUGUGAGAAUGUAAUGAAAGAAUGUGAAGGAGAAUGUCCAUGCAAAACCCCUUGUAUCUGCAGAGACAAAUAUGCUCCUGUAUGUGGGGUUGAUGGAAAGACAUACCGAAAUGCAUGCACAGCAAAAUGUGAAGAAGUGGAGGUAGAAUGUGAAGGAGAAUGUCCAUGCAAACCCCCAUGUAUAUGCACAGACGAAUAUGCUCCUGUCUGUGGUGUUAAUGGAAAAACCUUUUCAAAUCCAUGCUUUGCUAAAUGUGAAAAUGUAGAUGAAGAAUGUAAAGGGGAAUGCCCAUGCAAAACACCUUGUAAAUGUAUGUCAGUAUAUAGCCCAAUUUGUGGGGUUGAUGGAAAGACAUAUGAUAAUUCUUGUCUUGCAAGAUGUAAAAAUGUGGAAAGACAAUGUAAAGGUAAAUGUCCUUGUCCAAUUUUAGAAUGUAUUUGUACACUUGAGUAUGACCCUAUUUGUGGUAUUAAUGGGAUGACAUAUGGUAACCCAUGUCAGGCUGCAUGUGCAAAGGUUGGAGAGGACUGCAAAGGAGAAUGUCCAUGCAAGCGAAAAUGUGUUUGCUCCAAUGAAUGGAACCCUAUUUGCGGAGUGGAUAGAAUUACUUAUAAAAACUCUUGUGAAGCAAAAUGUAAAAACAUUGAAGAAGAAUGCAAAGGUGAAUGUCCUUGCAAAAAAUGUGCUUGUGAAGAAUUAUUUAACCCAGUUUGUGGAGUUGAUGGCUUUACCUAUCCAAAUAUCUGUGAGAUAAAUUGUGCAAAGGUUGGCCUUAAAUGUGAGGGGACAUGCCCAUGCAAGGUUGAUUCUUGUAUUUGCCCUAAUGAAAGGAAUCCUGUUUGCGGAGUUGAUGGAGUUACUUACCCUAAUCUCUGUCAAGCAAAUUGUAAUAAUGUAGCAGAAGAAUGUAAGGGGGCUUGUCCUUGUGAAAAUCAAUGUAUUUGCACCUUUGAGUAUGAUCCUGUAUGUGGAGUAGAUAAAAUAACAUAUUCCAAUCCGUGCAAUGCAAACUGUAGUAAUACCUUAUUAGCAUGCAAAGGGGAAUGUCCUUGUAAACAAGAACCAUGUAUUUGCACUCUUGAGUAUGACCCUGUUUGUGGUUCUGAUGGGAACACCUAUGGAAAUCUGUGUCAAGCAAGAUGUAGUCACACAGACCAAGCAUGCAAAGGAGAAUGUCCAUGCCAAAAUGGAUUUUGUGAAUGCCCUCCCUGUAAAAUUCCAGUAUGUGGUACUGAUGGAGUAACAUACUACAAUCUCUGUUUUGCUCAAUGCAACCACACAGAAGAAGCUUGCACUGGAGAAUGCCCAUGCAAACCUAAAUUUUGUAUUUGCAAUAAUGAGUCCAACCCUGUUUGUGGAAUAGAUGGAGCUACUUAUGACAAUUCUUGUCAGGCUGAAUGUCACAACAUUUUAGUCGCCUGUGAAGGGAAUUGCCCUUGUAAAAGUCAAUGUUCAUGCCCAAAGGAGUACCAACCUGUUUGCAGUGUUGAUGGGACAACCUAUGCUAGUAAGUGUAAUGCAAAUUGUGCAUCUGUUGUAGUCCAGUGUGAAGGAGAAUGUCCCUGUCAGCCUGAUCCUUGUAUAUCUACCUUUGAGUAUGCUCCUGUUUGUGGCAAUGAUGGAAUAACAUACACAAACCCAAGUCAAGCUAAAUGCAACAAUACUGAAGCUGCAUGUGAGGGUCAUUGCCCUUGUUGCAAUUGCCCCUUGGAGUUAAUCUAUGCACCUGUUUGUGGGGUGGACGGUGUGACCUACAGAAGUGAAUGUGAAGCAAAGUGCAGAAAUGUUCCCAAAAGAUGCAAAGGGGAAUGCCCUUGCAACUGUAACUGCUCGGAUCAUUAUACUCCUGUUUGUGGGAAAAAUGGAUUGACUUAUGACAAUUACUGUACAGCUAAAUGUAAAAGAAGUCCAGUUUUGUGUAAGGGGAAAUGUCCUUGUCCUUGAGAUGGGUUCUAUGUAUUUCUUUUUUAUAGGGCAUUCUGUCACUCAAAUACUAGAUUUUGGCAUGUUGCCCAUGAAAAAAAAUGUAAUAUUAAAAAAAAAAAAUUUGAAAAAAAUAAAUAAAAAAAUACAAAAAUUUAGUGUAUGUCACCCUCAGACUACCCAUAAGAAUCCACAAAAAAAAUUUCAGCCCAUUCAGUCCAGCCCUUUGGGCUUGGCCAGCCAGAGGGAACAUAUAUAUUAAUGUCUUGUUUUAUUAUCAUAUCAAAUCAAAUCAAAUACAUAUUUUUGUCCCAAGCUUACAUUACAUAUGGAAUAAAAUAUUUAUAAAGCAUA